AUUUAAUUUUCGUAUUUCUAUUUUCAGGUUGUAGUUUUUGCAUCCGAUUCGUUUUCUAUCUUUAAAUUCAGACGUAUCUUGCUAUGCAAUAUAUAUAUAUAUAUAUGUAUAUAUAAAGUACAAUAAAUCAUAAAUGUUCAAUAAAGAGAUUGAAAGUGGGAGAGGUGAGUGAAAAUGGAAGGUGAUGGGAGUGAGAAGCUGUUGAGGGCAGCAGAAGAUGAGAUUGAGGAAGAGAACUUGAAGAGCAAAAUAUGGGUAGAGAACAAGAAGAUGUGGGUGGUGGCUGGACCUGCUAUGUUCACCAGAUUUUCAACGUUCGGUAUAAAUGUCAUCAGCCAAGCAUUUGUAGGCCACAUUGGUUCCACAGAGCUGGCUGCCUAUGCUCUUGUUUUCACUCUCCUUACAAGAUUUGCCAAUGGUUUACUGCUAGGAUUGGCCAGUGGAUUGGAAACUCUAUGUGGGCAAGCCUACGGAGCAAAACAAUACCACAUGCUCGGGAUAUAUCUCCAAAGAUCAUGGAUUGUUUUGACUGUGUGCACGACUCUACUAUUGCCGGUUUAUAUUUUUGCAGCCCCUAUCUUAAAAGCUUUAGGACAGGAUGAAGAUAUUGCGGAAGUGGCAGGGACAAUUGCUCUGUGGUUCAUUCCUGUGAUAUACUCCUUUAUUGUAUCGUUUACUUGCCAAAUGUAUUUACAAGCACAGAGCAAGAACAUGAUCAUAGCAUAUUUGGCAGUGUUUUCGUUAUCGAUCCACUUGUUCCUCUCAUGGCUUCUAACAACCAAGUACAAUUUCGGUAUAGCCGGCACUAUGAUAUCAACAAUCUUGGCAUACUGGCUUCCGAACGUGGGGCAACUAAUAUUCGUCAUCUCUGGGGGAUGUCGAGAAACAUGGAAAGGUUUCACAACCUUAGCCUUCAAAGAUCUUUGGCCGGUUGUCAAGCUUUCUUUAUCUUCUGGUGCAAUGGUCUGUCUUGAGGUCUGGUACAAUGCCAUACUGAUUCUUUUGACCGGAAACAUGAAAAAUGCCGAGGUUGAAGUUAGUGCUCUAUCUAUCUGUCUUAACAUCAGUGGUUGGGAAAUGAUGUUAUCACUCGGUUUCAUGGCUGCAGCAAGCGUUCGUGUCGCAAAUGAGCUUGGAAAGGGGGACUCUAAAGCCGCAAAGUUCUCAAUUCUCAAUAUAGUGCUAUCUUCUUUCGGCUUAGGGUUCGUGCUGUUUGUGUUCUUUCUGUUCUUCCGCGAACGUCUGGCUUAUAUAUUCACAAAGGAUCAUGAUGUGGCUGUGGAAGUCGGUCACUUGUCCCCUCUUCUGGCGUUCACCAUACUUCUGAAUAGUGUUCAGCCAGUUCUUUCUGGUGUUGCUGUUGGAGCUGGAUGGCAGAGCGUUGUGGUAUAUGUGAACCUUGCUUCCUACUACUUGAUAGGAAUUCCCACUGGAGUUUUGCUUGGUUAUGUCAUCAAAUUACAAGUUGAGGGUGUCUGGAUUGGAAUGUUGAUCGGCAUGUUCAUUCAAACUUUCAUUCUACUCAUAAUAACACGAAAAACAGAUUGGGAAAAACAGGUUAGCAUUGCUCGAAAAAGAGUUACAAGAUGGUUUGUGGAAGUUGAACCUAAUGGUACCUCCGGAGCAGCUUGAUGAAUGAAUUCAUAUGUAUAUUUUAAAUUAAUUAGUAGGAACCACGUGCGUUGCACGUGAUACUUAUUAUCUCGACAAAAUUUAUAAGUUUAAUUAAGCAAAAAUAUAAAGUAUUUCAUAAAUUAAUAGAUAUUAUUUUAAAA